CAGACUAUUAUUAUUAACGAUCAUCGGCAUUAAAUGGCCCAAUCAAAUACAUAAAAAUAACCUAAAUUUAAACAGGUUCACAGUAAAAAAAAGAUAAUCAAAUAAUGGCAACACAUAGCGAAGAUGUUUUACUUCAAGUUCCACAAGUUCGUUACAAAAAAGGUGAUGGCACAUUAUACGUUAUGGAUCAAAGGAUUGCUUGGAUGCUGGAAAAUCGAGAUACGGUUUCAGUAUCGCAUCAAUUUCAGGAUAUAAAAAUGCAAAAAAUCUCACCGGAAGGUAAACCAAAAAUACAAUUACAAGUUGUUUUACACGAUGGAUCAUCUUCAACUUUUCAUUUUACAAAUAAAGCGGGCCAUGCAGCUCAAGUUAGUGAUAGAGAUCGUGUUAAAGAUUUAUUACAAUCAUUGUUACCGAAGUUUAAGCGAAAGGUAGAUCGUGAAUUAGAAGAGAAAAAUAAAUUAUUAUCAAGUAAUCCGGCAUUAUUACAAUUAUAUAAAGAUUUAGUUAUUACACAAGUGGUAACAAGUGAAGAGUUUUGGUCGCAGCAUGCGCAACAAUAUACAAAAGCACAAUCACAACCAAAACAAGAAAUUGGUGUAAAUGGUGCAUUUUUAGCUGAAAUAAAACCACAAACAGAUGGCUGUAAUGGUUUAAAAUAUAAUUUAACACCAGAUAUUAUUGAAUGUAUAUUUAAAACGUAUCCAACUGUACAUAAAAAACAUAUUGAAAAUGUUCCAUCGAAAAUGACUGAAGCUGAAUUUUGGACGAAAUUCUUUCAAUCUCAUUAUUUUCAUAGGGAUCGAAUUAAUGCUGGAACCAAGGAUAUAUUCACAGAGUGUGGUAAACUUGAUGACCAAGAAUUAAAACGUGAUAUUACUACAGGUGUCGAUGAUCCAUUAUUAGAUGUAACAAAAUUUGAUGAUCGGCAAAUUGUAGUCGAAGAUACAGAAAAAAACGUCGGCUCAGGGAAUUUAGUACAUCAAUCUAUGUUGAAGCGAUUUAAUCAACACACAAUUCGUGUUUUAAAAGCAGGAAAUUUUAGCACAUCAAAACCAUUAGAUUCAAAUAGCAUUACAUCAAGUACGAAUUCAACAACAACGGCACAAGAUAAACCAAGUUCAACAAAUGGAGUAGCAACAUCAGUUCAAAGUGUCUCAUCGCCAAAAUCGAAAAAAGCUCGAAUACAGGAGAAAGUGAUUUAUGAUGAUUUAGAAGUAACAGAUAAUGAUACAAAUUCGAAUAGGAUAAAUCUUAGUUUAUCAAAAGUGGAACGAUAUUUACAUGGUCCAAUGCCAGAUCAAGGAAGUGAUAAUAUGAUAAAUGUAAAUGAAUUUCAAAUGUUACAUCAUCGAAUUCUAGAUGAAACAAAAUCAUGGACAAAUAAUAAUUGUACACGUCAACCGUUUAUCGUAAAUAGUGGUGCUGCUGUGAGUGCAUUAGGUGAAUUAAGUCCGGGUGGUGCAUUAAUGCGAGGUUUUCAAGAACAAUCAUUAGCACAAUUAGUUCCAAGCGAAAUAGAAAAUGAAGUGCGUCAUUUGUAUAUGGGUUUAUGUGAACUAUUAAAACAUUUCUGGACAUCGUUUCCGCCAACAACACCACAAUUAGAACAGAAAGUUGUUAAAAUGCAUGAAGCAUUACAUCGAUAUCAUGCUGCAAGGCUUAAACCUUUUGAGGAUCGUAUUUUAAGGGAAUUAUCACCAUUGUCACAACAUUUGACGGUACAUUUAAAUCAGUUAUUGAAUGCAGCAUAUAGAAAAUUUAAUACUUGGCAACAAAGAAAAGUACAACUAUCUCAUAGAUAA